AUGGCACUUCCGAGUAGUGUUAGUCAACGAGGGGCUCCCGCUAAUCCCACAUCUGGCUCCGAUGCGGGGACGCCCCCAAUGUUUUGCGACAUCUUUGUUCUCGAGGAGAGUGCCCCCGACGAAGCUCAAGUCCUUGACGCCCUUGGGGCCUCCCCGGACACCGAUAAGUUGUCUGACAUCGUUCUUGACUGCCUAGAGAAGGCCAUUGUAUCUGGCCAGCCAUCUGAACUACAAUCUGUCGUAGACCAGCUAUCCCACCAUGUUCUGGUCUCUCUGGUGGACUCCAUCCCUGAAGCCGUCAAGCUUUAUCUAGUUGACAUAGCCCACGACGAGAUCACGGACUACGUUCAAAAGCGCAUUGGGGACGCCUGCGAGAUAGCCUCGGCUGGGCUGGUGCCCUCCGAGACCACCAAGAAGCUGGUGGAGCAUCUCCCCCCUAUGGUGUUGCAUACUGUCCUCCAGUCUGAGGUCAUCGCCGGAUUCCCCUCGGCGAAGGCUUUGGCGACCCACUGCCGGCGCAAGAAUCUUUCCUCUCUUUUGGAACUCAAGAGUUCCGAGAGUAGCCCCUUCAGUCCUGACUGGGGAGCCCGGCUGGUUCAGCAAAAGCGAAUGUCCUCCACCAGCAGGUCAGCUCGUGAAAGUCAUGUGAUCCUGAGACCGAACCCAGGAGCAUCAAGUCAAGACAGGCGCAGGGUUGCCUCGAAAGACGCUGACAAGGCUGCGGCCGCUUUCAAGGGAGGUCCCUUCAAAGGCGUGUCAGACGCACGAGGUCUCUCCGGCUUUUGGAGACAAGUGGACCGUAUGGUCUUGCGACGAGGUUGGCUUACCCGAGGGGCUGAGCAUUACUUCCUUCUGACUAACUUAGUCGACGAAUCGGCCUUAGAACAGGCUAUUGCCGACAGGGACCCUAUUACGGCUGACGACUUCGCACUGGCCGUUGACGCGAUCCACUCGACUUUGAAGGAGGAGUGUGGCGGUCACUUUGAGGCGGAGAAGCUCCUGACUGAGCCUACGGGGCGCGGCCCACAAGAACCUUUGACUGAUUACAUUGGAAGGCUCGAUGACUGGCUACGACGUUGCUCACUCGCAGGGACUCCGCUCACUGACGCCCUUAUUAUCCGCGCCUUUCGCCGUGGUGUAAAUGAUGAGAACUGCCAGGAGGCCUCCUAUGAGUAUCCCGGGACAUGGUCACGCUUUCGAGUCAAGGCUCUCACUCGCGCCGCUAGAGCCGAUGCUGACCGGGCGAGCGACUCUUGCGCGGUCAUCCUUGCCCAAGUCCGUGUUGCCAUUGCGGCGAUCGCCCGAGCGGCGAGACAGAGGCAAAAGGAAGGGGCCAAGCCAGAGCGCUUAUCCUUUUGUACCCUGGACGCGGCGACCGCCUUCUAUAGAAUCACGCUCCAUGACCGCACCGCUGUGAUCAGGUCGCUCGGUCGCCGGUUUGUGGCACGUCGACUGGUAUUUGGGCUUCGCUGUGGUCCAGCAGUGCUACGCGAAGCACUCACAUGUUUGAUCGAUGACGCCAUGCUGCGCGUGAGUUCCGAAAUCAACGAUCCUCUGCUACUCCACUGGGAGUAUGUGGAUGAUAUCUGCCUACUUGGCGGACACCAGGCCGUCCAGCGCCUCAAGUCGGAGAUCAUCUGCUUGGGUGGCUCAUGGGGGUUUGAGUUCACCCCUGCGAAGUGUCAUUUACUGACGUUCUCUUCGGAAGGGCAGGUUGAGAGAUUCGACUCCUUCCGCCACCUUGGCGUCGACUUUACGUAUCGUGAAGACCACCCAACCGGUCAAGGGACCCUAGUUCUUCGGUGCGUUACCGCCUCCGAGCCGCACUCUCAGACCUUCAGAGAGGGCCAAAGAGUUUGCAAGCGUUCCCUGUUCCGAGCGGCUGGUGCCGCCUUUGAUCCUCUCGGUCUUCACGGCGACAGGGGCCUGGCAGCCGACUAUAUACGGAGAGUAUCUGGUAAGUGGAAAGCAGGCUGGGACCAAGAUGUUCCUCUGGGGAAGGACGAGGCUAAGACGCUAACAAUCGCUAUCGGCAUCCUCAGCGCUCGUUCGAGAGAUUGUGACCAUGAGGUCAGCUUUGUGGCGGACACCCUGGAGGUCGCCUGUGAUGCCAGUCCCUUUGGCAUUGGAUUUAUCGCCACGCUGUCUAGCGGAAGUUCGUCUCGUGUGGCGCUCUCCAGCAGAGCCAGAGCCCUGCGCGGACCGAUGCUCAACUGGCACCAAAACCGUAAAGAGGCUUACGGACUGGCAGCAGCGCACGUGUUCGCCGACGCGUUGGUUCCUCAUCUUAAUGGCCUGGGUCUGAAGUUUCUCUCCGACUCACGAACCGCGCUUUCAUGGUUACGAGGUGGCUCGAAGCUCACAUGCAAGUCGGUCGAGCGUCUCGCAAUAUCUCGGCUCUGCGAAGCUAUCGCCGAUGUGCGCGAGGCCUGGCAACGGAAGUACAUGUUGACCCCCGAGCUGUUGCAUAUCCCUGCGGAGCAGAACUCCGAGUCGGACAGCCUCAGCAGGCUCGCUUUUUCCUGGGGUAUCCCCGACAGUAUCAUCUUCGAAGGUCGCGGUGUGAUGCACACCAAAGCGGUCGCGGUUUUUGAUGAAGACGGCGGCUCAGGCUCCUCUGAAGAUUAUCCUACCGUAUGUGAAGUUGAGAAUCAGCUAAGGGUCAUUGCAACAGUCCAUCCAGCAUCGCAAGGCGUCCUGGAGUUCGCUGACCUUGCCGAGAUGGGCUGGGAUCGCAAGCGCAGACUUUGCGCGGUAUUGGUGCUGACGUGCCAUUUUAGCGGAUUCACUGUGGUAUCCCCUUUGAAGGAUCAGAAAAGUGCCACAGUGGCGACCGAGAUGGCUAGCCUCUUCGAUUUAUUGGGUGCUCCGGCCUUGCUUCGCACUGAUGGAGGCCCGUGUUUCCGUGGACGUCCACUAGCUGAAAUGCUCUCGCUAAGAGCAGUGGAGCAUCGGGUGGUGUCGCCAUAUGCUCCUUUUUCAAACGGCUUAGCAGAGCGCGCUGUCGCCAGUGUCAAGUUCCUGGCGAGGCAGCUCGGUGAUAAGAAGACCUGGCCAACAACGUUAGGGAAGGUUAUCCGUCGGCUCAAUUGUAAGCCUUUUUUGGACACUGACUUUUCACCUUUUGAGAUAUUCUACGGUCGUGUAUCCCGGUUGAGCCCUGAGAAUUCGCUUGCACAAGGGGCUGUUGACGGUGGUGCCCCCGUUGCUAGAGCAGAGGUCCGCGAUGAAAUUACCAAGCUCGUCAAAGCUGCUAUCGCAGCUCGCGAGCAGGUCUUGAGCGAUGUCCGUGGUCUCCGCAGGAAGGGACCGCCACCGGUCGGCUCAACUGUUGUUCUUUUCAACCCUGACACACUGGGACGCGGCGGUAGGUACGCUCCUGAUGUGUACCGCGUGCAUGAGAUUGUACGCGGGGUUGUUCUAAGAUUAGUUAAUGCCUCGAUCCCACCGGACGAGGUCACAUCCCAAUUGAUUAAGGAAACUCAUUAUGCCAACGUUCGUCCUUGUAAUCUUCCAUCCGGGGGCAUGUAG